UUGGUAAUCCAACAUUCCUCACCAGCGGAGGUGAGGCACAUACUUCUUGCAUACAGUUGCAAAAUCCAUCCCGAGCCCGCUUUCCAACCCAACAUCUCAAACUCUUGACCAGCAUUUCGCAGCCGAAAUUUUCUACCACCGAAAAUCAAAACAUCAUCGCCAUGCUUUGGAUCCUAAUCUUGCUCUUCGUGAUCCCCUGCAUCUGUCUUAUCAUCUACUUUGCACUCUCAUCGUGCCUUGGAGAUGGCCUGAGAAGCACCCGUCCGUCGUUCGGAAGAACGUACUUCAACUCCGGAGCGGGCACUAGCGGUGGGGCAUGGGAGAGCGUGGAAAUGUAUGGUCUAAGGAGGGAGGAUGAAGAUCUGGAGUCGGAGGAAGGUGAUUGGGAUGGGGAGGCGGAGGGACAAGAGUAUGAAGGGGUGUUUCACCAGAGUCAUUAGUGGAUGGUGCCUAUUUUGCGAUAUAUCUGAAUGGCAACUGAAGUAAGAAGAUGUCAGGACUGGAGAUGGCUGAAGACCUCUGGCACGUGAGCGGUUGAGGAG